CACACACACAGCACACACACACACACACACACACACACACACACACACACACACAGCACACACACACACACACACACACACACACACAGCACACACACACACACACAGCACACACACACACACACACACACACACACACACACAGCACACACACACACACAGCGAAGUGUUGCUCUCGGCAAAGUUAAAUUUAAAAAGCUCCCGCCGUAGCAGGAACGCCAUCCGAGAUCGAUGCUGUAAGAUUUCAGUGUAGAUCUGACAUUCAGAGCCUGGAAUUCACCAUACCUUCCAAAUGUGUUUUAUUUUCACCGAUAAAGGAUCUGAAGAAUUCUCUAUUUUGACGUGUUUUAGUUCCUCGCCGAGCAAGGUACAAACCGCACAAUUAAAACGCAACCGCGCCUCGUUUGAUUUAAAUAUUUUAUCGUCCAACUCAUUCGACUAACUACGAAAAUCCGUGGCGUAUCACGGCUGUUGGAACACAGUUAUAGACUUGAAGGAUUCAGGUGCAAAACAGCGCGUUCUUACACGCAAGGUGCAGGAAACAUUCUCCGGAAAUUUACAUAAAUUAUGAGGACUCAAAAUACCGUUACUUCUGUGGCCUGAAGAUUUAGUUGUAAGCUUCAUGGGCCUGUGUGGCAAGUAAUACCCCGCCAUCCGACCAAAGCAAGUAAAAUUUCUCAAGGAUUGGUAUGUCCUCCUGAUUUGUUCAGUUUUAGAGCGUUUAUUUUUUAUGCACUUCGCAGCUUCAAGAGAUUUAUAGGAAACUCCUUGUUACUCUGCAUAUGCAUAACCAUCAACCUAGCUUGCAGUCUACCUCUGGGCACGUUCAUACAUGAAUAUACAUGCAGAAUAUGCAUCUAUAAAUAUGCAGGCAUACACACAUAUAGUAUAUAAGUACAUAUAUGCAUACACACACAUGAUAUAGAUGGAUAUAUAUACAUAUAUGUGGAUAUGGAUAGAUAGUUAUAUAGAUAUCUAGAUAGAUACAGAUAGAUACAUGGAUAAAUAAUUUGGUAGAUAGCUAGAUACAGUUAUAGAUAGAUAGAUGAUAUCGAGAUGCAUACUUCUGGAAUAUGCGUAUAAAUAUGCACGAGUUUUUGUAUAAAAGACGAGAUUAUUAUUGUAAGUUACAUAAAUAGCUUUAAGACAUUGACGAUCUUAUUUUUGGUAGCUGCUACGUCAGUGUGUGUGUGUGUGUGUGUGUUUAUGUGUGUGAGUGUGUGUGUGUGUGUGUCUGUUUAUGUGUGUGAGUGUGUGUGUGUGUGUGUGUGUGUGUGUGUGUGAGUGCGUGUGUGUGUGUGUGUGUGUGUGUCUGUUUAUGUGUGUGAGUGUGUGUGUGUGUGUGUGUGUGUGUGUGUGUGUGUGUGUGUGUGUGUGUGUGUGUGUGUGUGUGUGAGUGUGUGUGGUGUGUGUGUGUGUCUAUUUAACUACCCACCGCAAAAUCUGUUCCCUAGCCAAAAGGUUUCAGGGUUGACACUGACAAUUCUCACGCAGAUCUACACCCUAGCAUCCAGGAAAGAUAUCUCAACCAAGGGUAUUCAUGGAAGAAAAUUGCAUGUGCUGCUUCAGACUUCGAGGUUAAAGUUCAAACCUCAAACUUGGCCGCAUGUGAAAGAAAAAGCUUCUGAGUAUGCAAUAUGUAUUUGAUCACGGUGGUGAAGGUAAUGAUCUCCAUUGUGUGCUCCGGGUAGAUUGACAUUUGUGCUGGAUAUUACCUGCAAGACCUUGUUCUUGAUAACGAAGGCUCAUUAUAAUUAUGUGGAAGGGAAAAGGGUUCGUUACCUUAAAAGCUUCAGGAUUUUUCUUUGUAAAUGUUACGGAUGUGUUAGCGGGCGUGUUGAAAAUUGAACCUAGGAUUCGAUAUUUUAUAAUCCAUUGAUAUUAGUCGUCAGUCAUUUUCUUAUUAAAGUCACCAAAUGCUACCCUUUCUUGUGCGCAUUCACCGUAGAAACACAGCAGGAAACACGCGAACAAAGGCGGGAAAUACAACCAACGUGCACAUGACGACAAAUCGUGCAAAUACAAGAGAGAGAGAGAGAGAGAGAGAGAGAGAGAGAGAGAGAGAGAGAGAGAGAGAGACAGCGAGAGAGAGAGAGAGAGAGAGAGAGAGAGACAGAGAGAGAGAGAGAGAGAGAGAGAGACAGCGAGAGAGAGAGAGAGAGAGAGAGAGAGAGAGAGAGAGACAGCGAGAGAGAGAGAGAGAGAGACAGAGAGAGAGAGAGACAGAGAGAGAGAGAGAGAGAGAGAGAGAGAGAGAGAGAGAGAGAGAACAGCAAAAUGAUAACGAUAGACAAACGAGAAAUAAUAUUGAGAACAUGGGCUGUCGAGUCUUUGAAAGUGAGCCUGCAGGUCGCGGGAUCAGUUCAGAGUUGAGGUGAGCGAAGUUAUCCACGGUGGUUCAGGAGCCGGAUAGUCGAGGGGCAACGACUGUUCCCGAAAGUAGUUCUGCGCUGCUUGAAGCAGCUUUUGCUAAGAGUCGAUGGGGGGGGGGGGGACUAUUAAAAGACCAGCAUGUCGUGUAUCACGACUAAUAAGUUAAUAGUUUCAAUUUUAAUAUCUUUUUUCGUUAACACAAGAGACACGAGCACGUUAAAAAAUGAACAGAAGCAAGUAUUUGACGCCGGAGGAGGACGACGAAGAGUUAGGAAGUUGUCAAGUUGUCUGUUAUUAUAGGAAAUUCAGUGAUUGCGCGGUAAUAAAAUAAUAUGACCGCUAUAAAAGUUUAUAGGGUAUAAAUUUCUGAAUGUUAGGAAUUGAACGUCUGUAAAGCAAACACUGCAAGGGUGGAGGGAAGACUUUCAGAACGUAUUAAAUUAAAUUCAAAUUUAGAGAACGUCAAGUAUUUAAAAUGUGACUUUAUUUCUAAGGGAAAUAUAGGGAAAAAAUUAUGUGUUUAUUUUUAAGGGGAAAUGUGCUGUAGUGCAGAGAGCAUGCUUUUUUAGACCCUAAAGAAGCGACGCCCUCUUUUGUUCUACUUUCUAACCAUUGGUGGCUGCCAGAACUUACUGCAAUAAAAAAAAGCGCUAUACAGAUUCUGGCGAGACGUCUGGCCCAGGUCUUUGAAUGUGUUUACAGUCCGCGCCCAUGCCUGGCAGAUCAUUCUAAAAGUAAAAAUGUCUUGGAGGUGGGGACAAUUCCGUUUUCAAAGCUUUCUUUCUCUCUUUUUCUCCCCUUCUUUCUCUUCUUUACUGCCUUAUACGAACGGAUGCUGUGAGCGAUUCGUUCCGAUACCAUUCAGGAUGUUGUCAAUUGGCUAUGUCCACCCCUAUAUGACACGACGGACACAAAAGAAGUUAAGCAUUUCUCUUCGCCGUUCUUUAAGGCCAAUAUUUUCUCUUUUUUUUUACCUCUACAUUUCAUCAUUCAGUGACGCAUAUUUACCAAUAUUUCGCCGUGUGUUUUCACAAAUUCAGGGUAAUUCUUUCAAUUUGCCAGUAGGUGGCAUCAAUGUUCCACUAAACUCGAUUGUGGCGAUUUUCCACUCGUUAGUCCAAGAAGCCAAGAUCCAUGGCCCUGUGCCUUUGCGUUAAUUUCCUAACAUGCCAUCUCUUUCUCGGUCGGUCAUAAUGCGCAGUAAAACAAAAACCACCGCAUGUCAGAAUUUAUCCUUCAUUAAAAGCUUCGCUCAAAUUGGUUAUUUCGCAGUAUCUACAUCACUAAAUGCUGUUUGAGAAAGUAACUUGCGUGCCACGCUUUAUGCCUAUAUUUUUAUUUGUUCUGUCAGGUUGUUUAGUAGGUGUUAAGAACUUGAGAAAUAAAUUCGGCGAUUUUCGACCAGGCGGUCUGCAGCAUGAGAAAUUGAAUUUAGAGAGUCGAUCCACAUCAAACAAGAGGGAUUUGCAGCCGCCUAUUAUGAAAACGAUGCAUGUAAUGGGAAAAUUGCUGGUUGUGUUCCUUGCUUAAAGAACGCUUUUUUAAAAAAUAAAAAAAGUGUGUAUUAUCAUUAGUGGAUGCUUUAGUUUCUAAAUUAACUUUCAGUCCUCACAUUAGGCUGCUUCACACGUCCGGAUUCUGGCCGGCCGUCCAUUCGGCAGAAUGCAACCCACACGUUUUCACUGGAAGCAAAAAUAAAACAGAAGCCGAGGACGAUUCCUUCCAGGCAUUACCAGGCUUCCCGUGUUUCCUUCACACCAGGCCCAAUGAUAUCGCUUGUUGUUUCCUGUUGUUGUUGUUGUUGGGUUUUUUUUUUGUUGUUUGAACCGCUUGCUAGAUUUUAAGACCCGCACAGUUCUAUUUUAGAUUCAUCUGUCGCGUUCACGUUCUUUUCAAAAAAACGCAUUAACGUUUGUCAAGGCGAAAAACAAUGCCGGGGGAAACAGCAGUCCCUUUGAAUCGAGUUUUGUAAAUCGACCUUCCAUCACCGGGGAGGAAAAGCUUCAUUUGAAUCAGGGCUGCCCCUGGUCUACUUUUGGCUUUCUAUUCUUUUAUUAGUGAGUGUGUGUGUGUGUUUUUUAAUCUUGUACUCUGUUUCAUUCUCCCGUACUAUUUAUGGAUGGUUCAUGUGCAGCCCGCAGCAAAUACUUUGAGCAAAAGAGAGUCAGACAGAGAGCAAAAAAAGGCGUACAGUACAACCAUAUUUUAUAUAUAUAUUCUUUGAAGUAUUUGGGUUUACACAGAUAUAUAAUUCGCAAUUAGGAUCACACUGUAUGUACACUUACUGUACAUCUAAAGGCGUUGUGUGUAAAUAUGGUUAAUUUCCCGGCUUCAUUCCACCACAGUGCACCCUGCGACUCUGCAUUUCAGACAAGCCAGUUUAAGGAUGCCUUCUCCUUUCGUGCAGGAGGCUCCUGUUCUAUUAAUUUCAGAAUUACCCUCCUAUGUGGUGCCGCUCAGACGCUAAAUUAUUUCGGCGUUUAUCCCAUUAAGGCGGCCCGUGCGCGCAGACAUACCAUUAAUUGAGUUUUAUUUGUGUAAUUCCGUCGAGCGAUUCGGCGACACAUCAGUAGAAAAUGAAACUGAAGUCUCGGUAUUAACCCAUAAUAGAUACCUCUCGCUGUGAUGCUGUGUGUUUAGAUGUUCGCAAGACCUGAGCUCUCGGUAAAUGCCAUGAUACUGCCUUCGGAAAUUACUGCAAACUUAUCUGUAAACAAUUUAGGUAGGAGCGGAUUGGUUGCUUGCAUACAUUUAAAAAUAUGUAUUAAAUAGUCAAUACGUGUGUGAUUAGCAUGUAUGUUAUGCAUGGACUGUGUGUGUGUGUGUGUGUGUGUGUGUGUGUUUGUGUUUGUGUGUGUGCAUGUGUGUUUGUGUCUGGGUCUGUGUGUGAAAUGUGUGUGUGUGUCUGUGUCUGUGUGUAUGUUGGUGUCUGUGUCUGUGUGUGAGUUUGUGUCUGUGUGUGUGUUUGUGUCUGUGUCUGUAUCUGUGUCUGUGUGUUGGUGUCUGUGUCUGUGUGUGUGUUUGUGUCUCUGUGUGUGUUUGUGUCUGUGUCUAUAUCUGUGUGUGUGUGUGUUUGUGUGUGUGUAUUGGUGUGUUGUGUCUGUGUGUGACGAUGCAUGGUUUAUCUGCCUUUUUGCAAACUCGUAAAAUUUGCUUGCUCCAAGCCAAACUUAGCAUGUGUUGUUGAGAAUAUUCUCGGACAAGUUGGAACCCAAUCAUUAAAAAGUUGCCAAUUUCCGAGAGAGAGAGAGAGAGAGAGAGAGAGAGAGAGAGAGAGAUGCUAAAUUAUUAUUUUAAAAAACAGCAACAACGCUUACAAGAAAUCGAGAAAUCCCUGAUAUUAACAAAACAACCCCCAAAACUAUCUAGAGCACGUCACGGCCGCAAUACCUCAUCAUAAAACAAGAAUCACGUGGGUGUUCGCAGGCCGGACACUCACAAGUUGUGAACUCUUUUUCCCGUCAUCCGAUACGAGUUUUCUUUCCUUUUUUUAAAAAAAAACGCCCUAAAAUUCUUCACCUAAUUAUCCAUUUGUAAUCACAAGAGGAUCGCGUUUGAGAAGCAGGUAUCGUUUGUGCGAAAUUCGCGGCAUUGGUGAUAAUCGUGUUGUCGCUAAGCUGCAAUUUUGAAAAGAGUUUUGUCGAGUUAAUCGUCUGAUCUGUUCCGAUUUUUGUAUCAAAUUUCACGUUAGGUCGCGGGUGAAAAUGAAUAUAUAAUGACCUCACAAUGUAGCAAGAGACGUUGCUGAAUUUGAAAGGCAUUGUAACGAUUGGAAAGUUGCUCUGUAGUCUUAUGAAAUAGGACGGAGGCGGCUGAAGUUAAGUCAUGCAGGCGGCAGGUACAGGUAGUCGAAAAGGACAAACUUUCGAAGAUGAGCGGUUUAAAUAAGCUACUGAAUAAUUGAAUUUAUCAUUACCACGUGAAAGUAACUUUAAUGCAGCUGCUUUUCAAAACAAACUAAUGCCCUGAAAAGGGAAUAUUUUCAGAAUCGAAUGCUUCUUUUCAAAAAGAAGUUUUUUUAAAAAAAAUGUAUUUUACAUACUUCAUUUCGUGAGUACAUUUGAACACCACUUUUUUCUUGCCCCAUGACAAAAUCCCGCGUUCGAUUAGCUGACAAUAUUCCACAGGCCGCGACGGAUGUUAUGAAACGCGGUGUCUGAAAGAAAAUCUCAAUUGGUUAAACGUAGUAAAUUGGGACGCAUUGUGCUUUCUGUUUUGUUCCCCGGUCCAAGAACUUCGGGAUUUGCAGUGUAGAAUCGAAAUUUAUAACUUAUAGAUUUUCUUCUGAUGUCCAGCUCUACUGGGAGGUUCCUAUAGAGGUGAAAUAAACCUUGCACGUAGAUAUCACUGAGAGUAGCUCGGAAAAAGGGGAACUAUUAAACAGUAGAAAAUCGGUAGAGAUAUUUUAAUGAAUAUGUUUAAUAAAUAAUAAACGUUAUUAUUUUAAAUAAAUGUAAUGGAAUCGAUACCGGAAAGUUUUACUUUCUUAUGAGUUAUAUUUUAUCUGACUUCUCAACUGCGAGAAGGCCUGCUAAUUUGGGUCAGACUUCUUUUUUGUGUGUGUGCACGGGCAAUUCCAAGUAACAGUGCAACCUCGGGUGCUUGCAGUUUGGAUACAGAUCUGCAAAGCUCGAGGCUUGCUUCCCCUCCCCCACCGUGAAACAGGGGCGCUUUGGUCUAGGGAAGGGGUUCGGGGUCGGUUUGAAGGGGGUCUGGAAAUAAUUGGCAGUAGCCAAUCGUCAAAGCAACAGCAACAGCAGCAACAACAAAUAACAAUAAUUAGCCAAGGGUUCAAACUACUUCACCAUUGCUGAAUUUAAAGGCAAAUGAUGGUGUAUACAUAUAUAUAUAUAUUUAUAUGUGUGUGUGUAUUAUAUAUCAUAUAUACAUUAUAUAUAUAAAACCCAGGACUAACACCGUUUCCCUCAAGUCACUAGAAUUCAGCAAGCAGUGUCAACUCCUUGUAAAUAAUUUUUCUUUUAAUCCCUCUCUCUCUCUCUCUCUCUCUCUCUCUCUCUCUCUCUCUCUCUCUCUCUCUCUCUCUCUCUCUCACACACUUUUUUUACAUAACGUUUUAAAGUUAAAUUGUUUCGGAGCAGGUUCGUGCCCGGUUCUUGCGUCUCCCCUGACCUGUUCAUGAGGACUCACUGCAUUUGCCGGCCGGCUGCCAGGAAGCCCUCACGUCUUGAGCUGGGGAACUUCAGUGAGAGCAAAUUUACAACCUAUAACGCGAGCCCAUCAGGAACCGUUCCCUAAUUGCAUCUUAUAUUAAAUAUUAUUGUGCAUAGAUCUACGGCGUGUGUGUGUGUGUGUGUGUGUGUUCAAUUGUUUAAAAUAGCAUACCCGCCACUUCUGAAAGCCUAUAUGUCAGUGUUGCGCACAGAGCGUCUCAUAAAAACGCUAACUGCAGUUCACUGUGUGUUAUAAACAAUAGCAGACUGCGUUUUUAUUGCGAUUUGCAGUUCCUUAAUCUCUUCCCUAUAGUUCUCAACUGACUGUUACUGUUACAGGCCCCGUCCAGGCACCAGAUAAAAGGCUUUAUUAAUAACGAGAUAACGGGUCAUUAAAUUGUUAAAUACCACUAGAACUCCUCACUAUGAUUAAACAUAUUUUUUUUCAGAAGAAGGAUCCCCAAAUAAUUUGCAUAAGGGUACUGCCGGUCAUGCGGCUGUGCUGCAAUAACUUGGGAGGAAAAAUAGCAAUUAGGUCCAAAGUUGAUGGUAAUUAGAUUUUGGGUUUGCUACUGUACUUCCGUGUCUUGUUGAUGUAACUCUGACCUUUGAAAGAGCCGCAUAUUCUCAUUAAAUGGUUUGGAAAUUAACGUCUGCCUCUCCAUCCACUCUUUUACAACAGAACAGUUACUUCCCCUUAUCAAUCUUUUGGUGGCGUAUGUAUUUCAUCCGCUGUAAAGCGGCUGAUAUCCCGGUAAUGAACACGGUGGAAUAUAUUAAUCCGCAUAUUCCCCCUCUCUCUCUCUCUCUCUCUCUCUCUGUGUGUCUCUCUCUCUCUCUGUCUCUCUCUCUCUCUUUCUCUCAUUCCCCCUCUCUCUCACCAUUCCCUUUUCACGCGGCGCAGUGUCCGUACGGAGGAAGCAAAGCCAAUAGGACGUGGUUGGGCUAAUAAAUGCAAAUUAUUAUGGAAAGAGACGGCAAAAUAUGAAACAACUCAUUUGGGCGGAAGUAAAUGAUCGAAAACUGUUUAUGAGUGAACCUCUUCUCGAAGAUGUGAUACCGGGAUGCUGUGUUUUCAGAUCAAUAACAUGAAGGCUUAAUUUUCCUAGAAACAAAAUCCUCGGCUUGUUUGUUUGUUUGUUUACCCAACACCAAGUUCUCUCCGUUCAGCAGUCAGACCUAGUCCUUUCCAGAUGAGCUCAUACUUUGUGAAUUCGCUGUUUUCCAAGUAUAAAAGCGGGGACUCCCUCCGUCCCAAUUAUUAUGACUGUGGGUUCAGCCAAGAUCUGGGCACCAGAGCCACCGUGGUUUACGGACCCGGCAGCGGUGGAAGUUUCCAACAUCCCAGUCAGAUUCAGGAUUUUUACCACCACGGCGCGGCCACUCUCUCCACCUCUGCGUAUCAGCAGAACCCGUGUGCGGUGACGUGUCACGGGGAUCCCGGCAGCUUCUACGGCUACGAUGCCUUGCAGAGGCAGCCGAUCUUCGCCGCCCAGCAAGAGGCCGAGUUGGUCCAGUACCCCGACUGCAAGUCGACGGCGAACAGCCUGGGAGAAGAGGCGGAGAAUUCUGAGCAGAGUUCCUCCCCGACGCAGCUCUUCCCUUGGAUGCGACCGCAAGCAGCCGCAGGACGGCGCAGGGGCAGGCAAACCUACAGUCGCUACCAGACACUGGAACUUGAGAAAGAGUUUUUGUUUAAUCCGUAUCUGACCCGCAAACGCCGGAUCGAGGUGUCGCACGCCCUGGGACUGACCGAGAGGCAGGUCAAAAUUUGGUUCCAGAACAGGAGGAUGAAGUGGAAGAAGGAAAACAACAAAGAUAAGUUCCCCAGCAGUAAGUCCGAAAUCGAGGAGAGCUCGAAGGACAAGGAGGGGAAGGAAGACGAAGGGAAUGACUAACUAACAAUGACGAUGCAUUGACAAAGAGCAAAGUGCGGGUGUGAGGUGCGGGACAGGCGCUACUGAUUACUGUAUGGUACAAAAUAUUGUACGGAACUGUAGACUAAAAGGACCAUUUCAACUUUCUACCAGGCAUUUAACAUUGUGUAACAUUCUAGUUAUUUAAGUGAGUUCUUGUAAAGUAUUUAAAGUGAAGCUCUUGGGGCAUUGUGUUAGUCCGUGUGUUGAAAUACUAGUGUAGAUUAUUUAAACCGUGUGCACUAUAUACCAGCUAAUGGCUAUUAGCUUAAAUUUCCCGACAACAUGAAGCUGCCUACUUAAGCUUUAGCGAUUUAGAUUUGUGUUACUGUUUACGGCUUUAGUGUGUUUAUAUACAGAGAGGGGAAAAAAUAUGUUUUCUUCAAGCCGGCACGUGCAUCAGUAAAACCCGUUUUAAAAGAGGAACGAAACCAGGGGGGAAAAAAUAUUUCUUGGGUUUUAUUCUGUGAGAACAUCUACCCGUAAACGCGAAUAUCAUUGAUAGGGGUGGUGGGGGGGGGGGGUAGGGUGUGUAUGGGGGGAUGUGGGGAGGAGGUUGGGGGGGGGAUUGUAAGGACCGGUGAUGCGUUAUCGUUUUACACAAAACUGGACCAUUGUUAGGACGUGCAAGCUGCGAGAAGAGGAACAUUAACUGCGAGGUUGGGGCGUAGGGGUGGGGGGUGAAAUACAUGAUUGUGGAAACGACGCUUUUUUUAAAGUCCCUUUUAAAGGGAAUUUCUUUGAAUGAAAGAUUUGGCAAAUUUAAAGAAAACACAUAUAGAUAUAUAUUAACUAUGCGCGCCGUGUCGGAAUAGACAACAUAAGCAGAUAGGUAGAUGGAUACUGUUAUUGAAAAGUGCAGAUUAAAAUAUCAAUAAAACAUCAACAUCACACUUGA